AAAAGCAGCCGAAGCGUGCUCGGACCGGUACAGACAUGGCUUCUGAUGAACCAAAAGCAAAGAAACCUAAACUUUCGGAGAACAAGAAGACAAAGUCUCCGACCAAAAAGGCUCCUGCUGUCAAACUAAGCCCUAAUUUGCUUUUUGGGAUGGGAAACCCUUUAUUGGACAUCUCAGCUGUGGUGGAUAAAGACUUCUUGGACAAGUACUCUCUGAAGCCCAACGAUCAGAUCCUGGCUGAAGAUAAGCACAAAGCGCUGUUCGACGAACUUGUGAAGAAGUUCAAAGUUGAGUAUCACGCCGGAGGAGCCACGCAGAACUCCGUUAAGAUCGCUCAGUGGAUGAUCCAAGAACCUCACCACGUGGGAACGUUCUUCGGCUGCAUCGGCAAAGACAAAUUUGGAGAGAUCCUCAAGCAGAAGGCUGAGGAGGCCCACGUUGAUGUUCACUACUAUGAACAAGAUGAAGAGCCCACAGGAACGUGUGCUGCGUGCAUCACUGGAGACAACAGGUCUCUGGUUGCAAAUCUAGCUGCUGCUAACUGUUAUAAGAAGGAAAAGCAUUUAGACCUGGAGGAAAAUUGGAAGUUGGUGGAAAAAGCUAAAGUCUACUAUAUCGCUGGUUUCUUCCUGACCGUCUCCUUGGAGUCCAUCUUGAAGGUGGCGAAGCACGCUUCUGAAAGCAACAAGCUAUUCUGCAUGAAUCUCUCCGCUCCCUUCAUCUGCCAGUUCUUCAAGGACAACCUGAUGCAGGUCAUGCCCUACAUCGAUGUCCUCUUCGGCAACGAGACGGAGGCUGCUACUUUUGCUAAAGAGCAGGACUUUGAGACAAAAGAUAUUAAGGAGAUUGCAAAAAAAGCCCAAGCUCUACCCAAAGUCAACAAAAAGAGACAAAGGAUUGUAGUGUUUACUCAAGGAAAAGAUGAAACUGUCAUGGCUCUAAGUGACAAGAUCGAGGUUUUCCCUGUAAUGAAGAUUGAUCCAAAGGACAUUAUUGACACGAACGGUGCAGGGGACGCCUUUGUGGGAGGCUUCCUGUUUGGGCUCGUCCAGGAGAAACCUCUGGAUCAGUGCGUGAGGGCAGCACACUACUCCGCCAACGUCAUCAUCAGACGAGCUGGUUGCACCUUCCCAGAAAAACCUGACUUUGAGUGAGGCGUUCGGGAACAUUAUGUUUUUUCAGCCUAAAGCCUCAAACUCACACAACCUCCACAACCCUGAUCCAGAUUUUAUUUUUUGAAUCAGCCCCCAAUCCCCACUCUGAAUUAAGUGGCUGCUGGUGGUUUGUUUAUCUCAGUUUUGUCCUCAAGGGGUCACUAGAAGAUCGUGCAGCUUAUUCCAAAAUAAGUUUUGUGUUUCAGUUGAUCUUCACAGUCAACUAAUGCCAAGGAAUGUUGUGAUUUAACUUUACCCAAUAGAUCUAGAUGUAAAUCUUUUUGUAGAAAAUUUUUAUUGAACUGCUUCCUGUUGGGUUUAGACUCGCACACCUCCAGUGGUCCCAUCAGACCCAGCUGUGAGCACCAGUACGCCUCGUCUCUUUGUUCUGUUGUCGCUGCCUUUUAGAGAUGAUGCAAGCACAAAAAUGGACUAAAAUGUAGCUUUGAAAACAGGUUUUAGGAUGUAGCACUGACAUGUGCAGCAGUGAUUUUUAUUAGCUAUAACGAGCCAGUUGAGAAAACUAAAUGUAUUUUAUUUUGAAAAGCACACUUUAAUUGUGUCAAAGCGUCUUCCGAGUAAAUGUUCGGUAUAAGGUGUGCUGUGUACCUUUUUAAUUUUUUCUUUUCUUUGUGGAUAUUAGAAAGUUUUUCGAUUAGUUCUGGUGAAUCUUACUCUACGAAGUAGGAUUCAUGUCUUCUGGAGGUCGUGGGUUCACUUUCUAUCUGCAUGUUUCAAAGCAGAAUUAAAUUAAUGUUUGAUUUUCACUGAAGUUUUUUAUGAGCAACAUCACAGCAGAGAGACCAUCUGGUCUCAAACAUUUGGAUCCUCCAUUUAAUUAUAUAUUUUUCAAUUAAAAUCGUCACUCAUUUAUUAGUUUUUUUAAUAUAUAUUUUCCCAUACUGCAAAACAUGCUGAACAAACUGCAUUCAUUUUUUUUAUGUUUAAAAACUAUUUAAAAUCACUAGACAACUAAAACCUUCUUUCUUUUAACAUUUUAAAGCUUCAAAGACAAAAAAAAAAGACUUUUGCAAUAAGACCUGUAACUCAACCGAAUA